AUGUAGCGGUAAGAUUAUUUCAUUAUGAUCUAUAUAUACAUUAUGGGUUCAAAACAUGAAAAUAGUCCGUUUGUGUGCAAAAAUGCAUCUGGUCCUUUCCAAACUUUUGCAAUAGCAAGGGUCUCGUAUUAACCAAGCAAUGCUUAGACUUCCUUUUCAUUUUUUUGAUACUUUUUGAAAGGUUAGUCUUGAUGUAGAGGUAAGAUUAUUCCAUUAUGAUAUGUUCAUUAUGGGUUUGGAACAUGAAAAAUAGUCUCUCCGCAUACAUUCUUUCCAAACCCUGCAAUAACGAGAGUCUCGUGCACUAAAUUACCCUACUUUGUCCCCUUUUUUGAUACUUUUGUUUCCCCAUCUCAUCUAAACCUUGAGGUUAUUUCAGACAGUCAUUUUAGGGUAAUUUUCACAUUGUGAUGAAAUUAACACCACCACCCCCUUUUAUAUAUUCUUCUUGUUAGUUGUGAUUGGACAUUGAGCUAGGGGACACCAAAGAGGAGGGAAUGCCAUUGCACAGCUGAACCUCUAUUCGAAAGCAAUUAUUCAAAACUUCAAAAAGCAAGCCACCAACAACUUUCCAUUCCACUUUCAACCAAUUUGAAAUCAAAAAGGACGAAAGAUCUCUUUCAACCCUUCCUCCUCACAAGAAUCACUACCCAUUCUCAGCCAUAACCUAUCCUCCUUUUCUUCAUUCCUUUAACUUGGUAUAUUAUAUCAUCAUCCCAUGUGAUUCAUUCAUUCAUAUUCUUCAGAAAAGGAAUGUAAAAAAGAUGAAAGGCAUGAAAGGAAGAUUCCUAAAGAAACUCAAAUCCAUCUCAACAAUCACUUCUCUCAGACAAAGUAUAGUUUUUCAGGCAAAUCCUUCUCACCAAAACUUCCAUACUGAUGCAACCAACAUCAUCAAUGUACCCGAGCUGGUGAAUCAAGUCAAAGAUGAAGAAUUUGAUUCACCAUCCCACGUCAGUGAGAAAGAAAAGUUUGGAUCCGUUACAGAGUCGAAAGACAUAAUAGUGCCUGCCAACGACCAUCAUGAUAUUCCUAUUGUAUCGGAGUCUGGAAGCACUAGUGCUUGUACUGUUUCAUUGCCCGUGACACAAUUGUUGACAGAACCUGAAACAUGUGAUUUUCACCCAAUUUUGAAGAUUGAUAAUGAAGAAUUUCCAACACUGUUGGAUUUUGAAGAGAAGUGUCCACCGGGAGGGAGUGAGUUGGUGAUUCUGUACACGACUAGCUUGAGGGGAAUCAGGAAGACAUUCGAGGAUUGUUGCAGUAUCCGAUUCUUAUUGGAGAGUUUUCGCGUUCUUUACCACGAAAGAGAUGUUUCAAUGCACUUGGAGUUUAGGGAGGAGCUGUGGAGGAUCGCAGGUGGGAGAGUAGUCCCACCGAGGCUUUUCAUCAAGGGAAGGCACAUUGGAGGGGCGGAUGAGGUGGUCGGGUUGCACGAGCAAGGGAGACUAAGGAACCUCCUCCGUGGAAUUCCACCGAAACCUUACAAUGGACCUUGCAAUGGGUGUGGAGGGGUGUGUUUUGUGGUGUGUUUCAACUGUAAUGGUAGUUGCAAAGUCAUUGCUGAUGAGGGGCUAAACUGUGAAUUGCCACUAGUUAGGUGUCCAGAGUGCAAUGAAAAUGGAUUGAUUAAGUGCUCAAUUUGCAACUGAUUGGUGUUUUGUUUUCUUGUAAUAUAUAUGAUCUUUUAAUUUUAGUUCCAGUGUUGACACUCCAAAA